UUCCUGCUUGCUUGGCUUGCUGCGGCUGCUGCUCCACGUCUCUGUCUCCGCUUUAAGGCUGUCACCUUCCCCACCCCCCUCGCCCUCCUGCCCCCUCCUCAAUUCCACAACCACACCCAAACCCUAGUACUGCUGCCGCGCGCCGUAGUAGGUGCCUGCUGCUGCCGCGUCCCAUCCGUCCGCCGCUGCCCUGCUGGGACUCCGGCUCCUGCCUGCGCGCUCGCCGCCGAUCGAUGGGAGCCGCCGCGGGAGGCGGCUCAAUUGCGGGGAGGCUGUGACCUUCUGUCGUGCGUCUGCUCCGGCGGCGAGAGCUAGGGAGCCUUACGGGAGGCCCCGGCGGCGUUUGCUUCCUGUCUCUGCAGGUCAGAGCUAGGAUCUACUGUACUAGCUAGGGGAUCUUCGCCAACGUACUGGAACCUCAAGUGUUGCUUGUCAAGGGCAGGGCAGGGGACAACUAAGGAGGAGGAGGAGGAGGACGAGACUCGAGAGUUGUGUGGUCAGGACUUCGCGUCGGCAAGGGAACAAUGGCUGCGGCGGUGGCGAUGCGAGGGGGAAGCAGUGACAGCGGUGGAUUUGAUAAAGUUCCCGGGAUGGACUCGGGGAAAUACGUGCGUUACACCCCGGAGCAAGUCGAGGUACUCGAGCGGCUCUACAUCGAUUGCCCCAAGCCAAGCUCCUCACGGCGGCAGCAGUUGCUGCGCGAGUGUCCCAUACUUGCCAACAUUGAGCCAAAGCAGAUCAAGGUUUGGUUUCAGAACCGAAGGUGCCGUGAUAAGCAGCGGAAGGAAUCCUCUCGGCUUCAGGCUGUCAACAGAAAGUUGACGGCAAUGAACAAGCUCCUUAUGGAAGAGAAUGAGCGUCUUCAGAAGCAGGUCUCUCAGUUGGUUCAUGAAAAUGCGCACAUGCGCCAGCAGCUGCAGAAUACAUCAUUGGCCAAUGAUACAAGCUGUGAAUCAAAUGUGACUACCCCUCCAAACCCUAUAAGGGACGCAAGUAACCCUUCUGGACUCCUUUCGAUUGCUGAGGAGACCUUCACAGAGUUCCUCUCAAAGGCUACUGGGACAGCUAUUGAUUGGGUCCAGAUGCCUGGGAUGAAGCCUGGUCCGGAUUCGGUUGGUAUUGUGGCCAUUUCGCAUGGUUGCCGUGGUGUUGCUGCCCGCGCCUGUGGUUUGGUGAAUCUAGAACCAACAAAAGUCAUAGAGAUCUUGAAAGAUCGUCCAUCUUGGUUCCGUGAUUGUCGAAGCCUUGAAGUGUUUACAAUGUUUCCAGCCGGAAAUGGGGGAACAAUUGAACUUGUCUACAUGCAGAUGUAUGCCCCAACAACUUUAGUCCCUGCACGUGAUUUUUGGACGUUACGAUACACAACAACAAUGGAAGAUGGCAGCCUUGUGGUCUGUGAGAGAUCCUUGAGUGGUUCCGGGGGUGGUCCAAAUGCAGCCUCUGCACAUCAAUUUGUAAGAGCCGAGAUGCUUCCAAGUGGGUAUUUAGUUCGCCCAUGUGAAGGUGGGGGUUCGAUCGUGCAUAUAGUGGACCAUCUAGAUCUCGAGGCUCGGAGUGUUCCUGAAGUGCUUCGACCACUUUAUGAGUCUUCUAGAGUAGUUGCUCAGAAAAUGACUACCGUGGCACUGCGGCACCUUAGACAAAUUGCUCAAGAAACAAGUGGGGAAGUAGUUUACGCCUUGGGCAGGCAACCUGCAGUCCUAAGGACUUUUAGUCAAAGGCUGAGCAGGGGCUUUAAUGAUGCCAUUAGCGGUUUCAAUGAUGAUGGCUGGUCUAUAAUGGGGGGAGAUGGAAUUGAAGACGUUGUAGUUGCUUGCAACUCAAGCAAGAAAAUUAGGAAUAACAGCAGUGUGGGGAUUGCAUUUGGAGCCCCUGGAGGCAUUAUUUGUGCAAAGGCGUCCAUGUUACUGCAGAGUGUCCCACCGGCAGUGCUGGUUCGGUUUUUGAGGGAGCAUAGAUCUGAAUGGGCCGAUUACAACAUUGAUGCCUAUUUGGCUUCAUCACUGAAGGCCAGUGCGUGCUCACUUCCCGGGUUGCGACCCAUGAGAUUUUCUGGGGGCCAGAUGAUCAUGCCACUAGCUCACACAGUGGAGAACGAGGAGAUUCUUGAAGUUGUGCGCCUUGAAGGACAAUCUCUUACUCAUGAUGAAGCUCUUCUUUCAAGGGACAUCCACCUUCUCCAGCUUUGCACUGGAAUAGAUGAGAAAUCUGUGGGUUCCUCCUUCCAGCUUGUGUUUGCACCAAUUGAUGAACAUUUUCCAGAUGACGCUCCCUUGAUUUCUUCUGGCUUUCGUGUCAUACCCCUUGAUAUGAAAACAGACGGUGUAUCCUCUGGUAGGACACUAGAUUUGGCAUCUAGUCUUGAUGUGGGCUCUGCUGCACCCCAAGCCUCAGGGGAUGCAUCUCCAGAUGACUGCAAUUUGAGAUCUGUGCUGACAAUCGCCUUUCAAUUCCCUUACGAGAUGCACCUUCAAGACAGCGUUGCAACUAUGGCCCGUCAAUAUGUCCGCAGUGUUGUUUCUGCUGUGCAAAGAGUUUCCAUGGCUAUAUCUCCCUCCCAGUCUGGUCUAAAUGCUGGGCAGAGGAUGCUUUCUGGCUUCCCUGAAGCAGGCACACUGGCUAGAUGGGUUUGCCAGAGCUAUCAUUACCAUCUCGGCAUGGAGUUACUUAGCCAAUCAGAUGAAGCUGGUGAGGCAUUGUUGAAAAUGCUCUGGCAUCAUCCAGAUGCUAUUUUGUGCUGCUCAUUUAAGGAGAAACCUAUGUUUACGUUUGCCAACAAGGCAGGGCUUGACAUGCUGGAGACAUCCCUUGUUGCCCUACAAGAUCUGACUCUAGACAAAAUCUUCGACGAGUCUGGAAGAAAAGCAUUGUUCUCAGAUAUCUCAAAACUGAUGGAACAGGGCUACGUGUACCUGCAGCCGGGCGUGUGCAUGUCAGGAAUGGGUCGCCAUGUUUCAUUCGAUCAAGCUGUAGCGUGGAAGGUGCUAGGUGAGGACAGCAACGUCCACUGCCUGGCUUUCUGCUUCGUGAACUGGUCCUUUGUGUGAUUCUGAGCGGGUCUCUGCGAUUAGCAGAUCCAUUUUUGUAUGAUCUCGACAAGGGAAAUCAUCAGCCGUGCACUAGUUCUAGGUCUCGAAUCCAGUGUAUUUUAUGACGAAACUGGAGGUUAUGCAAAGUCUGAUCUCACUU